UGAAGCGGAAUGACUAUUGGUGAUGAGGAAUUGAAUGACAAAAUAAAGCUCGAAUUCUCAUAUCUUAAUAUUGUCCGUCGGCAUAUGAUCCCACUGACGGCUUGAUACCGAGAAAGCAUUGCGUAACCCACGAGGUGUACACAUCAGUUAUCUCUGCGGUAGCCAUGGUGUCCUGCAUCACAGACUGCGUUGAAAAGCCCGUCCGGCUUUGUUUUGAAAGUAUCGGUAAGUUCGUAGGGCUUCAUCCGUGGUGGUUCAUCACUUUCCCGCUGGCGCUGUCCGCGGGCCUCGGGGGAGGAUUUUACUUUUUGAACGACCUGAAAUCCAACGACAUUGUGGAGCAGUUCACACCGAAAAACGGUCGAGCCAAAGCGGAGAGGCGGUUCUUUCGAGAAACGUUUCCACCGAUUGACACGCAAUUUUCGGUUGCGCGAUUGAACACCGAUGGCGUUUUCGCAUCUUUGCUGUUCUCCUGUCGGACAAACGUACUCGGCGUCGACGAGCUGGAAGAGGUCAUCCGCGUCGACGGAGAGGUUAGAAGAAUCACCGCGGCUCACGACGCACGGCGGCUUGCGUUUUCGGAUGUUUGCGCCGCUGCGAACGGAACGUGCAACUCUAACGUGAUGCUUGACGUUCUGGAUUACAAUGCCAGCAACAUCGAUUUUGUCAAGGUAACGUUUCCUGAGUACUGCCCUUCCGAAUUCAACUGCAUCCACAUGGGAAAUAUCAUCGGUGAGGUGGAGGUGGAUAGCAGUGGAGUUGUUCGAAGCGCCAAAGCAAUGAGACUCUUCUAUUAUCUGCGAGAGAGCAAUAAUACACUGGAAGAUGCGUGGCUUCGGGGAUUUUUAGACUUGCUUUCUAAUGUAACGACCUCUAAAACCGAAGUGUCCUAUUUCACAUCCAUGUCAAGACAACAGGAGUUUGAAAAGAGCACCCAAUCUGUCACUGAACUGUUUGCUAUUACUUAUUUUCUCGCCAUCUCAUUUUCAAUAAUAUCUUGCCUAAGGUUUGACAACGUGAGGAAUAAAGCAUGGGUGGCUUUUCUUGGAGUUUUCUCCACUGCGCAAGCAGUGCUAUCCAGCUUUGGGUUGCUGUUACUCAUAAAGGUGCCAUUUGUUAUUACUGUGGCAUCUUCUCCAUUCCUAAUUCUUGGAAUCGGUAUUGAUGACAUGUUUAUCAUGAUCUCCAGCUGGAAACGGACCAACAUUCAAGACACAGUGCCAAAACGCAUGGCUGAUACCUACAGAGAGGCAGCCGUUUCCAUUACUAUCACCACCCUGACUGAUGUUCUAGCCUUUUACCUCAGCUACGGCAAUCCCUUCGGCUCUGUUCAGUCGUUCUGUCUGUAUGCAGGCACGGCUGUCUUGUUCUGCUACUUCUAUAACAUCACUUUCUUUGGAGCCUGUUUGGCUCUGAAUGGCAGGAGAGAGGGGGCGAACAGACACUGGUUAACUUGCAUGAAGGUCCCAGACGAGGUCCCACCAGGACGGUCUAAAGUGUAUACCCUCUGCUGUGUUGGAGGAUCGUACGACCAUAACACAGGUACUGAGGAAGAGCACCCAGUAACACUGUUCUUCAGGAAGUAUUAUGGACCGUUUGUGACAGCAGCUUGGAGUAAAGCUUUAGUAAUCUUGAUUUACUUAACGUACGUUGCCGUUAGCAUUUAUGGUUGUUUGCAACUCAAGGAAGGCAUUGAUCUCAGGAACCUAGCACUUGAUAAAUCGUACAUCAUCCAGUACUAUGAAGCUGAAAAGACAUACUUUGAUUAUUACGGACCAAAUAUAAUGUUAGCUAUCAAUGGCACAUUUCCAUACUGGGAGGAGAGUAAACGGCAGCAACUCGAGUCGUGCAUUGUACAGUUUCAGGAAUUGAAUUUUGUCAAGAACUUGACACUGACAUCUUGGCUUCAUUCCUUUGAAAAGUAUGCUGAGGAACGCGGUAAGAACAUCAGCACAGAAGGUCAAUUUAAAAGACAUCUUUAUGAAUUUCUGGACCACCAACCAAUACUCAAACAGGACGUCAAUAUAACCAAUAACGACAUAGCUGCUUCACGUCUGUUUCUGCAGACAGUUGUGCAAAAUUCAACCGAGAAGAGUAUAUUGAUCUCACUAAGGAAGACAGCAGAGAGCUGCCCAUGUCCACUGUUGGUCUACCAUCCAGCGUUUAUAUACUAUGAUCAAUAUACAAUGAUUGGGCAUAUCACUCUUCAGACCAUCAUUGUGGCAACCCUAGUUAUGCUGCUCAUCUCCCUUGUGCUGAUUCCAAAUCCUCUUUGUGCCUUGUGGGUCGCCUUUGCCAUCGCUUCAGUCAUUUUGGGAGUCACUGGGUUUAUGGCGCUGCUAAACGUAAGUCUUGAUUCAAUCUCCAUGAUAAACCUGGUCAUUAGCAUCGGCUUUUCUGUGGACUUCUCUGCUCAUAUCUCCUAUAGUUUUGUGUCCAGUACGAAGGCCGAUGUGAAUGAAAGAGUUGUGGAGGCAGUGACACACCUGGGCUACCCCAUACUUCAGGGGGCUCUGUCUACAAUCGUGGGUGUGGUUGUGCUUUCAGCUUCCAGCAGCUACAUAUUCAGAACGUUCUUCACCAUUGUGUUUCUAGUCAUUAGUUUUGGGCUGCUUCAUGGCCUUAUUUUUAUUCCUGUAUUUCUAACGUUCUUUGGAUUUUGCCACAAAUUACGGUAGCACCGAAUUCGAAAAUCAAACAUGCUUUUUCUUCAAGUACUCCUUUUCGAUAUACAUGUAAAAUUAACAUUUUAUUAAAUAAACUAAGUAAAAAGACAAUUUCUUGUUUUAAAGGUCUGUUUACCAUAUUUGAUGGGAUUAUAUACACUACUGUUUAAAAGUUUCAAUCAGUUGGUUUCUUCUGCUCAUAAAGGCUUUAUUUAAAAAUACACAAAAAAUUGUAAUAUUUAAAACCAUAUUUAUUUCUGUAAUGCAAAGCUGAAUUUCAGCAUUAUUACUCAUGUAUUUAAUGUCAUGUUGAUAAUAUAGACUUUUUGUUUUAAAAUAUUUUAACUUUACAUUCUGAUCUUUUAAACUUUUUAUUCAAACAAAUCCAGGAAAAAUAUUAGUUUCCAAAAACUGUUCCCAGCAAUCAUAAUAAAUUGACAUAUCAGAAUGAUUUCUGAAGGAUCAUAUGACACUGAAGACUGGAGUAUUGCUGCUUUGAUCACAGAAAUAAAUAGUAUUUUAAAGUAUAAUAAAACCAAUAUUUGAAUUUUUCUGUAUUUGUGAUCAAAUAGAUACAGCCUUGAGGAACACAAGAGACUACAUUUAAAACUCAAACACACGGUUUUACAGAUAAGGCUUAAGCUAGUCACAGACUAAAAUACAUGUUUGAGCUGUCUCAAAUAAAAAUAUCUUGCUCUGACAUAUCUUAAAAUAUAUCAGUGUCAUUGUUCUCUGUCGAGACGCACACCUGUAAUGUUUACUUCUAGGGCAUUUUUGUAAAAGUUGCCUAAAUAUCUUAAUUUAACUGAGGCCUAGUCCUGGCAUAAGCUAAGCCAAGCCGCUUUUGUGGAACAAGGCCUAAAACUCUUUACUGAUCCCAAGCUUUUGAACGGCAGCGUAUGCGUCUACUUUGUAAGUCGAUUUGGAUAAAAUGACUAAAAUGUAAUGUAGACGCUUUUGUCAGCCUUAAUGUAUGAAUGCAGACAAUUCUAUGAAAAACAAACCACUUUAAUUCAAGUGGAAUUAUUUUAUAAUCUAUUUAUGAACCUUUUGAACUAUCAGAAUGUUGGGAGAAUUAACAUUAAAAUGGAGAGGCAGGAAUCUUGAAUUUUAUAAAAAAUACCUACAUUUGUGCUUCAAAGAUAAACCAAAGUCUUGAAACAUCCGAAGUGUGAGUAUUUGAUGUCUAACUCAACACAAAAAAAAGGGUGUUAUUUUAUCGGUGUGGCUUCAAGAGGAAAGUUAAUGACACUUCCAAGCAAAGAAACGGGAUUGGAUGAAAAUCCCUAGACUUUAAAUUUGGACCAAUAAGCAACCACAACACACUCAUCAACAUCCACACACCACCCCUUAACAAUACGC